GAAGUUACAGAAAAUGGGUACAUCGGGAAUUUGUUUAUACAUAUCAUACAUCUCAUUCAGAAUUUUACUGUGGUGCUGUUAAUUUGUCAACCUGGUGCUGACAGCUUUGCUGUUUUGUACGAGAUUAACUAGUGGUACCCUUAUGAGGUUGUGCACGCUAUGUUUGCGAGCUAGCUUGUUAGAGUAGCGAGUUGUCCUGAGAGACAACACAAGGCGCUUGUAUUGAGUCCACCGUAUGAAUAGUAGAUAGGUAUCGUAGGAAGGAUACUGACUUUUUGAUGAAAAAAAAUAGCUGUACUAUCGUUUUUCCCCAUUUUAUACGCUGUGUAUUUGCACCGGUGUUGAUGGCAAAGUUUCCAGUCUUUUGUUUGAACGUAUAAAUCUUAUCAAGUAGACGUCUGAACAACAAUAUAAUGAUGCAGUGUGUGUUGGUCAGUGCGUCAGGAGCCCGAGUGCCUCUUGCUGAUGGCAGAGCGGUAAUCUUAGGCCGGGGCCCAGAGUCGGGAGUGGCGGACAAGAAGUGCUCCAGACAUCAGGUUAAACUCGUGGCCUGUUACAAAGACCAGGCAGUGCUUGUGACACAGCUGGGCCCAAACCCUUCCUCAAUAGGCACUCAGACUCUGGGCAGGGGCCAGUCCAAGCAGCUGACCCGGGAGGACACUCUGUACCUUGUGAACCAGAGUCACCCCUUCACUGUGCGAUUCUCCGGUAGCUCCAAUGGGACCUUCUUGCCCUCUCCUGCAAAAGUGAAGGAGACAGAGAGAGGAAGGGAGAAAGACAAGGAGCGGGAGCGGGAGAGGGACACCCAGAAACCUGGCCCCCGUCGCAGCAUUCAGGAUUUCUUCACUGCUUCUCCCAGAAAGGCAGUGAAGAGGCCGCACAGCAAAGAGGAGGACCCCUCUGUGAAACGUUUACGGAAAGAGAGGUCCUCAGGUGGGGAUGAUGAUGAUGAUGAUGAUGCAGAGAGCCUCAUAGAGGAGAAGCUAAAACAAUUGCAGGAUAUUGCAGAAAAAGCAAGCAUGCAGCAGGCAGUGCCGGGGCCAUCCCCAGGGUCCUCCCCCUGUUCCAAAGACCACUGGGAGCAGGUGGGCAACCUGAUGCUCUUCACCGCAGCAGGGGUUACUGCCAGCACAAAGAUCGCAGGGUUUGAUAUUGAUGGUUGCAUCAUUACCACAAAGUCAGGCAAAGUGUUUCCAACAAGUCCUGAUGACUGGAGGAUUCUGUAUCCAGAGAUUCAGCCUAGACUGGGCCGCCUGUUGAAGGAAGGCUACAAGGUGGUGUUCUUCACCAAUCAGAUGGGCAUUGCGCGGGGCAAGCUGAGGCCCGAGGUGUUCAAGUCCAAAGUGGAGGACGUUUUGACCACACUGAAACUUCCUGUGCAGGUAUUUGUGGCGGCCGGGGAGGGGAUCUACAGAAAGCCAGUGAUGGGAAUGUGGGAACACCUGUGUGAAAAGGCCAAUGAUGACGUGACUGUGGACAAGACCCAGAGUUUCUAUGUGGGAGAUGCAGCUGGCCGUCCUGCCAACUGGGCCCCAGGCAAGAAGAAGAAAGACUUCUCUUGUAGCGACAGACUGUUUGCCCUGAACAUUGGGUUACCAUUCCAAACUCCAGAGGAGUUCUUCCUGGGCUGGAAGAGCGCCCCCUUCAGCCUGCCAGAGUUUGACCCUAGGUCAUGUGACCCAACUGCUCGUCUGUAUGAUCCCCCUGAUGCCUCCCUCACCUCCUCUCGACCAGAAGUUGUAGUUGCCGUGGGAUACCCUGCUUCGGGCAAAUCUACUUUCUUCCAGAUGCACGUGGUCCCAAAGGGCUAUGUGUAUGUGAACAGGGACACGCUGGGCUCCUGGCAGCAGUGCGUCUCUGCCUGUGAGCGCGCCUUAAAGGAGGGCCGUAGUGUCGCUGUGGACAACACCAAUCCCGACAUGGAGUCGCGCAAACGGUAUUUGGAUGUAUGCCAGAGCGCAGGGGUACCCUGUCGCUGUUUCCUGUUCACAGCCUCCCUGGAGCAGGCCAAGCAUAACAACAGGGUCAGUACCCCUCCUGAGCAGUUUCGUGAGAUGAUGCCCUCUCAGGUCAAACACGCCCGUGUCAACGACAUUGUCUUUCACAGCUACAAGAAUAAGUUUGUGACACCCAGUCUCUCUGAGGGCUUCUCGGAGAUCCUACAGAUCCACUUUGUCCCUAGCUUUCCUGACCGCCAAUCAGAGGCGCUCUUCAGACAGUUCUCUGAAGGCUGAUUGGUGGAUCCCUUAACACCCACCCCAUCCAGUCGAUCAUGUGGCCUGCUGUUAGAGCUGUCGGACGUGGCUUUGAUGCGUGAUUUGCUUUCAUAAUCCAGUUGUAUGAAAGGAUAACUUGCAAAAAUUGUAAGAUAUCAAAAUUGCUCUGGGUAAGCCCACGUCUUAAGGAUAUAUUUAAUAUAGUUGUGAUAAUUAAUUAUGCUGCUUUUUUCUUGGCCUAUAAUAACUUUUCAAUGGUUGGUCCAAACAUUUCACAUGGUGUGCCUAAACCAUUCAGAUGUGUGAGUGUGUGUGUGUGCACAUAAACACGCUAGCAGCAAGAUCAUAAUCGCUGGGACAGUGUUUUAAUGACACUGUUAAUCAGUGAAAGCUUUUAUGGGUCUAUGAGCGACAUUUCAUUGGGAAGGCAUUUGGAUUGGAAUGGAAUGAUAGGACAGAAUGGACAGAAUUGUAUUUUUAAAGGAUUGAUAGCAGCAAGCCCAGAUAAAUUCUGGUGUGAGAUUAAAACAUUUAAAUGAAAAAAAUAUUGGCUAAAAUGUUUGUUUUGUUUUAAUGUUGCUUUCUUUUUACUCUAGUACCAACCAUAUUCACAUAUUUGUGGAUCCAGGCAGAGAAGCAGACAUAGGAAAUGUAGGGAAGCUGGUCCAUUUUGUAGCAAAGCCAGACUGAAAGGCAAUUGUGUUAGAGUAAAAUUUAGUUUAAGGCCUGUAUUCCUCUUUGUCCUUAUAAUGUAAACAUAAGUUUAUAAAUUUGUUGAAAUAGUGUGUCAUCAUUUCUGUAUGUUGUGACCCAUCCCAUGUGCUUCAGUAAGCCCUCUUUUUGAGAGUCUGGUUGUAAUAUGGUCAAUAAUAUAAAACUAAUUCAAUGUUUGGCCUGGGUAAAUAGUUAAUACUUUUGUCAUGUUUGCCUUUGGAACACGGAAGAAGAUAGCAAAUGCUCAAGAUAACAAUGCUCAUUUUGGAGUUUGAAUUAUGUAAAUUUAACCAUAGUGUCCAAUCAAUAUAAUAUGUUGAAUCAACUGCUGUGUACUGUAUAAGGAUUCUGUUCCAGCUCUAGGGUAUGACUGAGAGGCAGAAUUUCCCAGUUUCAACAAAUGCAGUUCCAAACCCACUGCAGACCACCCCCAUACUUGUGUGUAGGAUUCAUCUCAAGCUAAUACACAGGGCUUCAGCAGGAGUCUUCUGUUUGGGGGGCAUGUUGUAAACUUCCCAACUUUUUCUAAAUAUAAAUAAAUUAUCACUUGUCUUCAUGGG